AUGCUAAACCAAGCAUUUACUAUCCUCGCCGCAGCCGGCUUGGCUGUUGGCCAGUCCGUUUCGAACACUGCAACUGCUACGUCCGACAUUGCUGCCGCUGCGGCCACUGCCCGGACAGAGUCUCCGACCUCCCAUGUCAAGGGAAAGGCGUUCGAUCGUAUUGUUCAGAUUUAUCUUGAGACCACCGCCUUUGACAGUGCUGUGAACAACACCGAUUGCCAGGCAUUAUUCAAGAAGGGAAUCCUGUUGACCAAAGAGUAUGGCGUCGGUGCCCCCAGUCAGCCGAACUACAUUUCACCUGCCAGUGGUGAUACCUUUGGGCUCAACAGUGAUAGCUUUGUCGUCGUUGACAAGAACGUCUCCACCAUUGUUGACCUUCUUGAGGACAAAGGCAUCAGCUGGGGUGACUAUAAUGAGGGACUGCCAUACACUGGCUUUGAUGGCUUUGAGUACAGCAACCCAGUGGAGGGUAACUAUAUGCGGAAGCACAACCUCCUGAUCCGAUUCGAUUCUGUUACCAACGACCCUGAUCGCCUUGCCAAGAUCAAGAACUUGACACUGUUCUAUGAGGACCUGGAAAACGAGCGCCUCCCCCAAUGGUCGUUCAUUACCCCCAACUUGUACAAUAAUGGACACGAUACCAACAUCUCCGUCUCUUGCAAUUGGACCCGCAGCUUCGUUGAGCCUCUCCUUGCAAACAAGUACAUCAACGACAACACAUUGUUUUACAUCACUUGGCAGGCCAACGGACAGAACGCCACCCAGCGUAACCACGUGGCUGGCAUCCAGGUCGGAUCUGCCAUUCCCGAGCACCUGGUGGGUACCACCGAUGAUGGCUACUUCAACCACUACAGUGAGCUGUCGUCCGUUGAGGCCAACUGGGAUCUGCACACUCUGGGUCGUUGGGAUGUCGGCGCCAAUGUAUGGAAUCUUGUCGGCCGCAAGACCGGCGAUGGCAUCCGGCAGUGGGACGAGAAGAUUGCCCUGGGGCCUUUCGAGAGUUACUUCUGGAACCAGAGUUACGGUGGUGUCUUCAGCAGUGCUCCCAACACCACGCACACCUACGUCGCGCCCAACAUCCACCUCGAGCACAACGGGCGCACUGUCCUGCCAGCUAUCCAGCGCAAGUGGCGCAACUCCAAAUGCCGCGGUCUGCGCACUUACUACGAAGAUAUCAUUGAGCUGCCUGAUGAGUUCCACCCGCCCUGCGGCUUCGAAGUCCCCAUCGGUCUUAUGCCCCACGACCCCAUCAUGACUCCCAUCACCGUCUUCCCUGCCGCAAACUACUCUGACACGACCGGCCUUGCCUACCCGUCCAUAUGCCGUAGCGCGUCUAACUUGUACCCAACUCACCCACCAAAGCCUGACUACGGCAACGGCAAGGACCACUAA